AUGCUGGUGCCCCGGCUGCUGCAGAUAAUUCGCUUGCAGAACCUGCGCCUACUGCUACUUCAGCGGCUUCGUCUGCACCAGCUGGUGACGGUUCUGAUGAACUCUCGCCCGUGGUUGCACCUUCUGCUUCUCCUGCAGACACCUGGCAUGCAGCGCUUGAGCAAGGCGCUGCCUGGUCUGGAGAUACCCCUUGGGGGGAAGAUGGCUGGCUCUGGCUCUGUCCCUGAGGGGAAACGUCUACCGCAGGUAUUCCCUCCAGCCAGGAAUCAGGAUCAAGGGCCGGAUAAGGCUUCCGUGAAAUCCUUGCAUGGCGUCUCUCCUUUGAACUGCGCUGCGCACCACCCUGGAACGGCAAUGGUGCAGUGUCAGAAAACAAACCAACUGACUGAGGGGCUGCAACACCCGUGCGGAGACUGGCGGAUGCACCGUGUGGGGUCCAAGGAAAAGGUGAGGGGACUGCAGAAAAGGGCUGGCUCUCGGAGAGGGCUGGUUGAGAAGCUCCACCAAGUGCAUGGGGAGACUCUAGAGCAAACGUUUGAGGUGGGAGACCUCCAGGCUGAAGGUGUGACGCCGCCAAGUCGGAGGUUAAGUGUAGGGGGCCAGGAUAGCCAUAUUGUUGGUCUGGCCUAUGGACUGUCCCGUGCACAGGGUGAUGCUGAUCGCGUAGCCCGGAACUGGCAGGGGACGGCAUCAAGGGGUUGA